AUGGCCAAAGAAACAGCAACCUACACCCACGGCCACCACGCCUCAGUCGUCCGCUCCCACAGCUGGCGCACUGCAUCUAACUCAAUCGGCUUUCUCCUACCUCACCUGAAACCAAACAUGAGGAUUCUAGACAUCGGCUGCGGCCCGGGAACAAUCACCGUCGACGUGGCAGCUCUGAUUCCCCAAGGCCACAUCACAGGCCUUGAACGCGCCGGGUCAAUCCUUACACAGGCACGCGCCCUCGCCAAGGAAAAAGGUCUUACGAAUGUCGAUUUCGUCGAGGGAGACGCAAAUGGUCUAUCCUACGAAGAUGGCACCUUUGACGUCGUCUUUUGUCAUCAGGUUCUACAGCAUGUGGGGGAUCCCGUGGGCAUACUCAAGGAGAUGAAGCGCGUCACGAAGACCGGAGGAAUUGUUGCAGCGAGGGAGGCUGAUUAUGGUGUUUUUGUGUGGUAUCCUGAAUUACCGGCUUUGAAGACUUGGCAGGAGUUGUAUGAUCGUAUCGCGAGGAAGAAUGGGGGUGAGCCGAAUGCGGGCCGUGUGUUACAUACGUGGGCGAAGAGGGCGGGGCUUAGCCCGAAGUGUUCGGCUACGAUGUGGUGUUAUGCAGAUAGAGGGGAUACAAAGUGGUGGAGUGAGAGUUGGGUGGAGAGGGCGCUUUAUUCUUCCUUUGCGACUACGGCGCUGGAGAAUGGGAUAGCGAGUCAAGAGGAGUUGCAGGGGGUUUCGGAUGCUUGGAAGGAGUGGGGGAACCAUGAAGAUGCUUGGAUUUCUAUUCCUAGUAUGGAGAUCUUAUGUUUUAAGGAGUAG